AUGUCCGAAGAACCUCCGUCGAAGCAGCAAAAAACCGGCUGGGAAGACUAUUCCUUGAACUGCAACGGGCUAUUGAUGAAAGCCGAUGAAGGUUCGCACUUCUCCGCUCUCGUGGAUGCGCCCCUUACUAAGAUGGAAGGCAUCGGCUCUAUGUCGGAAGAUGUUCUUAGUGGUCUAGGGUGUGAGACUAUUAAAGAUCUUGCCACCUACAAGUUUUUUCUCUUGGCUAGAGCUCUUGUGGUCUUAGCCGGAACAGAAGAAGCAGGUAAGCGUGACGUUUCUAGUGCGAUGAACAUCGAUAAAGCUGUCGAUAAGGAAUGGGAACAUAAGAGCCUAAUGGAAAUUGCAAAGGCCCCUUUAUCUGCUCUCGAAGGGCUGACUCAUAAAGCUAACGAAUCUUUCAAGGCCAUGCACAUCCACACUAUUGCUGAUUUGGCCGACUGGAAAUUUGCGAAGCGUGCGGAAGCCAUUGUGGAAGCUUCCAAGUUUGAGCAUACCAAGACUUCCCAGGAACGCAAGAUGGAGCGCGAAAUGCAAAAGCUGAAUUAAUCGACUAUGUCAGGGGGCACAGAAUCGGUUUCUUAGUAUGGUGAAGGAGGAAGGAAAGACACAAUGGUUGUUGUGUAAUAAUACAGGCGUAAUGCUGCACGAAACUACCAAGAAUAUAACAACUUGUACCCGCUUG